AUGGAGCCCUCGCACAAAGACGCCGAGACGGCGGCGGCGGCGGCAGCGGUGGCGGCGGCGGACCCCCGGGGGGCGUCCUCGUCCAGCGGAGUAGUGGUGCAGGUCCGCGAGAAGAAGGGCCCCCUGCGCGCCGCCAUCCCCUACAUGCCCUUCCCCGUAGCCGUCAUCUGCCUCUUCCUCAACACUUUCGUGCCGGGACUGGGGACAUUCGUCUCGGCCUUCACUGUGCUGUGCGGGGCCCGCACCGACCUCCCGGACAGGCAUGUGUGCUGCGUCUUCUGGCUGAACAUUGCAGCAGCCCUCAUCCAAAUCCUCACGGCCAUCGUCAUGGUGGGCUGGAUCAUGAGCAUCUUCUGGGGCAUGGACAUGGUCAUCCUUGCCAUUUCCCAAGGCUACAAGGAGCAGGGCAUCCCACAGCAGCUGUGAGCCCACGGGAGCCGCUGGGGAGAUCCAGGGGGGCCCUGUGAGGGCUGCACCAGGCAGCUUUGGGCACAAGGACCUUUACAUGUUCUCUUCUGCCAUUUUCUGGACUGGGGGUGGAAA